AUGUCGUCGAUGUGCGCGGAAGAGCCUGGUCCCCUGAGAUACCUCGACAACGGCCUGCUUGACGUCACCCCAACAGAAGAAUAUGUAGCGAUGUAUUCUUCCAUAUACACUCAGCACGUUCGUUCUUCUCGGCGCUGCCUGGGUAUCCGACUGGACGGCUACGAUGUCACUGCGGGCAUCUAA